CGUGUUACGCGAACAGGAGGGCAAACAGUGUGAUUCAAAUGCGAUGGGGUUUCACGACGUGCAAACUUCUCGUCAAUUCACCUUCGCCCACAAUCCUCGAGCACUCCGGUCCACUCUUCGCGGUAAUGGAAGAAGCCGUACGUACGCGAAAAAUCGCUCAGUGUUCGCCGAACGCCCGCGAGACGCGCAUCCUUCCCGCGGGAAUCGGCAGAUUUCUAUGGCAGUCACUUACGUGUCGAUCGCGAUCGAGAAUGCCACGUCUAUUGACACAUGUACUAAACCAUUUCUUCGAGAUGAUGCUGCAAACGACUUGUACUCGUCGGAUCGGAGGUGUCUUCUUCAAUGCUUUUCUUAUUGGAAUUGUCACGUUGUUGGUCUGUCAGAAUAUCACAAGAGCGGAUGAAGUACCCGCAUUCUUCUUGAAGAUUGCCAAAAUACCUACCCUGCCAAGAGUAGGUCGAAGCGGAAGAUUUGAAGACUUCUUUUACAAAGCCGAAAAGCAUAUACCUCGAAUUGGCAGAAGCAAUCCACAGUCAAUCAAUCCUACAUCGCAAGACGAACAGGAAACUUAUUCUGAUUUGACUAAAAGGCGCAUAGAAUAUCCUAAAGUUGAGGAAUGGACCUGGCAAAAUUUUCCCCUGGCGAUUGAAGGUCCGAGAGAAUUGUGGCGGGCAUUAGCUGGAUAUUCAAGGGAUGCCAACGAUGAUAUUGAAAAUGAAGUGUGGCAGAGAAAGAAGAGAACUGGAUCAGCACCUACACAAACAAAAUAGCAAAAACGCAAAAAUUCUUUUCAUCGCUUUGAAAACGCUAAAUGUUAUGCGGCUUAUGCUGUCAUAUGGUGACGGGAAAUAAUUAUAAAUAAUAAAUGCGUAAAUAUGAAAUGGUUUUGCUUUAAAUUUUUCAGCGUCAAAUUUGAAGGUCUCAAUAAAUAAUCGAUCUUCAAAAUUAAAUCUUAAUUUUGUGACAAUAAUAUACGAUGUAUUAGCAAAAUCUGACAAUUGGUAGGAAAUAUAGUAGGAAAUAAUUUUGUGUAGAAUGCAGGUUCCUAAUAUUGUACAUUUCAUAAUUAAACAAUUUUACUGACUGUUAUUAUCGAUGUUCAAAUAUUUAUCCAAAGACAAUAAAAUU